AUGUAUGUUACUAAAUUUCUGAUAGUGUUUGUCUUGGGACUCUUCAUAGAGCCAGUCAGCUUAGGUAUUAUUCCAGAUUAUCUAUUGGCUGAGGGCGACGACUAUGAACCAUAUCCUUAUCUUUCCCACUGUACCGGAGAAGGGUGGUCUACAACUAAUAGUCCGACGUCACAACCAAUUACAUCCAGUACUCCUACAAAGCCUACAACUACCACUCCUAGAAGUACUUUUCCAACAACGGUUACGAGUACUACAGUUACUACUCCAUCUACAGCAAGGCCUACUACAUCUACUCCUAGAACUUCGAGUACAACAAGUAAAUUACCAGUUACUUCUACUUCUUCAACAUCAACAACACCUAAAACUUCUCCUACAACUAAAUUAACUUCUACUACACCUUCUACUACUACACCUUCCACUACAAUACCUUCUACUACUACACCUUCUACAACAACACUUUCUACUACUACACCUUCUACUACAAUACCUUUUACUACUACACCUUCUACUACACUACCUUCCACUACAACACCUUCUACAACACCACUUUCUACUACUACACCUUCUACUACAAUACCUUCUACUACUACACCUUCUACUACACUACCUUCCACUACAACACCUUCUACAACACCACUUUCUACUACUACACCUUCUACUACAAUACCUUCUACUACUACACCUUCUACAGCCAAACCUUCUACUACAUUACCUUCCACUACAGUGCCUACUACUACAACACCUACUACAACCGAAACUCCUAAAACCAGUACCACAAAAACUCCUAAAACUACUACCACAAAACCUCCUAAAACUACUACCACAAAGCAUCCUAAAACUACUACCACAAAGCAUCCUAAGACGAGCUACUACAAGCAUCUAAGACCUUUACAACAAAAACUCCUAAAACUACCACAACCAAGCGUCCGAAAACAACAAAAGAACCUAAUAGUUCAGAUAGCUGCAACUCAUCAAGUAGUUCCAGUAGUUCUAGCAGUUCAAGCAGUUCUAGCAGCUCAAGCAGUUCUAAUAAGUCGAGUAAAUCGAGCAAGUCUCACAGUUCUAGUUCAAGUAGUUCGAGCGAAUCUUGUAGUAAUAGUUCAAGUAGUUCAUCAAGUGAAUCCCAUUCGUCUAACGAUGAAAUCCAAGCUAACUCGGAUGAAAUUGAUUUUGCUGGAAAUGGAAACAAUGCACCUGUAAAUGAUACUGUAGAUAUUGAAGGCUUUUAUAAGAAAUUGUUUAUGAAAACAAAAUAUAUUUUAAAAUGCCUAUAUAAUA